UUGGUUUCGGGACAGGUGGGAGCUCCGGUCUGACGAGCUGCUGUUGUCUUCAAUACAAAGAGAGCCAAGCCGGAGAAAAACUUCAAAUUUACAUUAAAAUAAAAACACAAACACGUUACGGUUAAACGUAAACAUUAUCCGAGAAUUAAAAGUCAUAUUUAUGAGCGGUUUUGCGUGAAAAAAUGUCCGACAAAGGAGAGAGAAAUUCAACAGAAACUGCGCAGUCAUAGUUUAAUGGGAGCGGUGACCUGAGCAGAUAUGGCAGCGGACGACAAGGUUGCCAUCCUGACAGACGACGAAGAGGAGCACAAGAGGAAGUAUGUGUUGGCCGAGCCAUUCAACACUUUGUCCAUGGAGCAGCCCGGGGGUGUUCCUGCGACGCCACCGGCCACUUCGGACACGCCGCCUGAGCAGCCGGCGACUUCUCAACCAGAUUCGAUAGACUGCUGCGAGAGGAUGUGCCUCCGCAUCAACAGCCACCUCCUCAUCUCCAAAGUCUUCUACUUCUUCUUCUACGCCGCCUACGGCUCGCUGCACCCUCUGCUGGCCGUGUACUACAAGCAGCUCGGCAUGUCGGCCAGCCGCAGCGGGCUGCUCGUCGGCAUCCGCUACUUCAUCGAGUUCUGCAGCGCCCCCUUCUGGGGCGUGGUGGCGGACCGCUUCAAAAAAGGCAAAAUAGUCCUGCUGUUUUCUGUUUUCUGCUGGUUGGUGUUCAACUGCGGCAUCGGCUUCGUCCAACCAGCUGAGAUGAAGUGUGAGGAGAAAGGCGCCAUUCCACCCACGACGGUGGUGCCUAUGACGACGACUCCCUUGUACGGUAACUUCACAGAGCCGAGCAACUCCACAAACCGCACCAGGAGUCGCCGCAGCUAUCUAGACCUCCCUGAGAUCCUGGCAUCCUAUUUUAGCGUGCGCCGCAGGUACGAGCGAAGCGUGGACGUCAACGCCACUUCAGCUCCUUUAGAGCCAGCGAACACCACCCAGCAAACGCCAAACAUCACCCUCCACAUACGAAACACCACCAUCAUAGCAAACACGACCCACUCCACCACUACAGCCACGAAGCCUCCUGCUCCGACCAAAAAGAAGGAGUACCAGAUCAUCUACAACAAGGACCAGGUGGAGAGCAUCUUUCUGCUCAUCCUGCUCGUCAUCAUCGUGGGCGAGUUCUUCAGUGCCCCCGCCGUCACCAUUGUGGACACCGUCACCCUGCAGUACCUCGGUAAAGCUCGGGACCGUUACGGCCUGCAGAGGAUGUGGGGCUCGUUGGGUUGGGGUCUGGCCAUGCUGCUGGUGGGCAUCUGGAUCGACCACACGCACCUCACCGUGGUGAUCGACGGCAUUGGCUGCAUCGUGCCCGACUUCCGCCUGCACAACUACCGGAUCGCCUUCAUCGUCUUUGGCGUACUGAUGGGUUUGGCGUUCAUCGUCGCCACUCAGUUUUACUUUGAAAAAGGUGGCAACUACCGGCAGGAGAUCCCAGAGGGUGUGGUGGAGGACCCGGGCAGCCCCAGAGCAUCACCUGAGUCCAGUUCCGCGGACGCCGUCAGCCCUGACGCCACUCAAGAGUUCCACUACAGCGACCUCCUGAAGCUCCUCUGCAGCGUGCGCUACAGCUCCGUCCUGUUCGUUGCCUGGUUCAUGGGCUUCGGCUACGGCUUCGUCUUCAGCUUCCUGUACUGGCACCUGGAGGACCUGAAGGGGACGACCACGCUGUUCGGGGUCUGCUCCGUCCUGAGCCACAUCUCCGAGCUCGCCGCCUACUUCACCAGCCACAAGUUCAUCGAGCUGGUCGGACACAUCAGGGUGCUGUACAUCGGCCUGGCCUGCAACACAGCUCGCUACCUGUACAUCUCGUACCUGAAGAACGCCUGGACAGUCCUGCCCAUGGAGGUCCUUCAAGGUGUGACUCACGCCUCAGUUUGGGCCGCCUGUAUCUCCUUUCUGAGCGCAGCGGUCCCUCCGGCCCUCAGGACGUCGGCGCAGGGCAUCCUGCAGGGCCUGCACCUCGGCCUGGGCCGUGGCUGCGGAGCCAUGGUGGGAGGAGUGUUUGUCAACUACUUCGGUGCUGCAGCAACGUUCAGAGGAAUCGGCAUGGCCUCCCUCGUCAUCCUCCUCGUCUUCGCCUUCAUCCAGUGUCUGACCGGAGAGACUGAGGGGAAAGAGGACAAAAUGCUAGCAGAGAACAUCCCGGUCCCCUCCAGCCCCGUCCCCAUCGCCACCAUCGACCUGGUGCAGAACCAAGCUGCCACCGGUAGCCCCGCCCCGGCUCGCCAGGUCGCCGCGUUGCCCAUCAAAAAGACCAAACACCAGGUGGAGCAGGAGGACGUGACCAAGCCGGCCUGGAUGCUCACCGGCGCCCCCUGGGUCACCAUCGCCUUCGCCAUCGUCCAGAUCAAGGAGAUGAUGAACCUGGCAAAGAGCGGCGGACCGCCUACAGAGACUCAACCGCUUCAGGUACCUAAUGAGCAGGCGUCGGCCGAGUACAAGGCGAUGUCGACGUCACACAGAAACUCGACUGAUGACGGCACAGAAACACCCACACAACCAAACACCACCCACCCGCCACCAACAGACUGUAAACAGGACAACGACCAAACGCACCCGUCCUCAGACAGAGGAGCGGAAAACCCGGCGUUUACAGCUGAACACACACACUGACGGUUCACUUAGGAAAUAUUUACUUUAGCUUUAAAUAUCCGUCCUAACAAGUCGGUUUGUCUCGAGUUCAGUCUGAAAAUGUGUUGACAGGUACUUUUUAGAAAUGAGUCAGUAUCUUGAUCAAACACUGUAUUUAUAUGGAUUUAUUUUCAACAUUUAGCUUGAAAUUAGGCCAAAAAAGAUCCUAAAAUAUUCACAUUUUUCUCAUUUAAGACUCAGACACGACUUGUUUUAAUGGACGGUUUUAGCAAAGGGAAGUUUGGAGGUGUGUUUGGUGGCGUUUGUGCCUCAGAGGUGGUUGAAUCAAACUCACCUCGCAGCGUUGUGCACUAUAUUUACUGCUCUUUACUGGUGGACUGUGAAGGAUAAUUCCUCAAACUUAUUUAUUAACUUAAUUAACAUUAAAAAAAAAAAAGCAAUGAAA